GGCGGCGCGCUGGAAGCGGGGAGCGGGCGCGGCGGCUUCGGCGGGAGCGGCGGGGGGCGGCUGCCCGGGGCGCUGCAGCCUGAGCCUGACCCACGCCGCGACUCCUCGUGUCUGUCUGCCGCGGCCCCGACACGCUUCCCCCUCGCUCGCCGACGAUGUCCACAGCCCUGGUGUCGCCCACCAUCUUCGACCUGAGCGAAGUUUUAUGCAAGAGCAACAAGAUGUUGAAUUACAGCCCCUCGGGUGUCGGCGGGUGCCUGCUGGACAGGAAGGCGGUGGGCACCCCGGCCGGCGGGGGUUUCCCUAGGAGGCACUCUGUCACCCUGCCCAACUCCAAGUUCCACCAGAACCAGCUCCUCGGCAGCCUGAAAGGGGAGCCGGCUCCUAUGCUGGGCCCCCGCGAGAGCCGCUUCCGCGACCGCUCCUUCUCGGAGGGCGGCGAGCGGCUGCUGCCGCAGAAGCAGCCCGGGGGACAGGUCAACUCCAGCCGCUACAAGACGGAGCUGUGCCGCCCUUUCGAGGAGAACGGCGCCUGCAAGUACGGCGACAAGUGCCAGUUCGCCCACGGCAUCCACGAGCUGCGGAGCCUCACCCGCCACCCCAAGUACAAGACCGAGCUGUGCCGCACUUUCCACACCAUCGGCUUCUGCCCCUACGGCCCGCGCUGCCACUUCAUCCACAACGCGGAGGAGCGGCGGGCGGUGGCGGGCGGCCGCGAGCCUGCCGGCGCCGACAGACCCCGCCUGCAGCACAGCUUCAGCUUCGCCGGCUUCCCCAGCGCUGCCGCCAGCGGGCUGCUGGACAGCCCCACCUCCAUCACCCCGCCGCCCAUGCUGAGCGCCGACGACCUGCUGGGCUCCCCCACCCUGCCUGACUGCGCCAGCAACCCCUUCACCUUCUCCAGCCAGGAGCUGGUCAGUCUCUUCGCCCCCAGCAUGGGGGUGCAGGUGCCCAGCGGGACCUCGCCCACCACCUUCUUGUUCAGGCCCAUGUCCGAGUCCCCCAACAUGUUUGACUCGCCGCCCAGUCCUCAGGACUCCCUCUCUGACCAGGAGGGCUAUCUGAGCAGCUCCAGCAGCAGCCACAGCGGCUCAGAUUCCCCUAUCCUGGACACCUCAAGACGUCUUCCCAUCUUCAGCAGACUCUCCAUCUCCGACGACUAACGCGGGGUCUCCUGCUCGCCCCCACCUCUAUUACGAUAUUAAGCUGAACUUCCCUCCCCCGUCCCCAGUAGCCCCAGCUGGAUGCUAACGUGUCCGCCUGCCUGCCGCAGACCCGCCGGCUCAAACCUUAAGUGCCAAAUUACGAUGAAAAGCAAUAACGUUUACAGAAUUAGUGCCUUUUAACGCUUUCACUGUGACUGUGUUACCUCUCCAGCUGCAGAGGGCACCAGCGGCUCUCCGCGCUUCCAGAUGUGCAGGAAAUGUCCAGAACCAGCUCCCUCUGCUGGCCACGUACUGCAUUGCCCCCUCCCAGCCCCUUCCCGGCUGGCCAGUCGUCGCCAGGCUGCAGGCAUGUGGGCAAGCGUUAACAUCCAGCCCUCUUUUCUCCCUUCCCCCUGAAAAAAAAAGGACUCAUCUUGCCUGGAUCCGCUCAGGUCUGCGGGAAGAAGAAAAAUAAACCGGCUGAGAAUGGACAAGGAUCGUGACGUGAGUGGGGCUUCGACCGGGAGGAGGAAAACAGAGAUAAAGAAGAAACCAGAAACCAGAUGGACUAUGAGAGACUCGAUUUUGGUGCUAAAAGUUCCCCGUGUGUUCAUGUGACAUCUUAAAUAAAGCGGCGGAGGGGGUGGGGCCGACGGAAGUCAUUCCACACACACAAGUUCGUGUAAACAAAGUUCCAGUAGACAUAGCUUUAAUGGUUUUGCUCUAGAGUACUUUAGACCUAUCUUAGAGCACUCACGCCAAGCUUCUUAUUAUUUGUUUGGUUGUUUGUUUUUUUUUUUUGUUCUGGGUUUUUAAUUUUGUAUAACUCGUCAGAAAUUGGAGAGCAGAUUUUGCUUGUCACUGCACAACAAUAUAAAAAAGCUUAUUUAACUUAUCAAAACGUAUUUAUUGCCGAAACCUAUGCUUUUUUUUUGUUAAUUUUGUUCAUAUUUAUCGGGAUGAUGAAUCCAUAGAAUAUAUUCUUUUAUGUUUAAAUUAUGAUCUUCCAUAUUAAUCUUAAGAUUGUGAAGUGUCUUUUUUCCUUCCCCCCCCCCACAGUUUAAUAUAUUAUACUACAAUGACAUUUUUUGUAACUUUACACUUUUUUUGGUUAUUUUAUUUUAAAAAAUGAAAAAUUAAUUUAAAAAAAAUGCAAAAGCCGUGUUUGGGUUAUUUAUUUUAGAAUCCCCUCCCCCCCUUGGGUUUUUUGUUGUUGUGUUGGACUGCAGAUUGAGUUAAUGUGCUCCUUUGCCUCUCCUCUUCUCCUCUUCCCUUCCCCUGGGUCUUGCCUGCCGGGGCUGUGUAGGUUGUACAUACCUGAGCUGUGCUGCAAGGCUGUGCGGAAGGAGGGUCUUUUUUUCUUCCUCUUCUUUUACUUUGUCUAGGUUCUUCGAGGAGAAAAGCCUUGGGCCCAAAGUGCCUAUCUGAAGACAUUCCAAAUGCAGUUUGUCUUUGCAUUUCUGUGUUCCAAGUUUGGCGUUUUCCUUGCCGAGGUGAACGGGACUGGCACAAAGAGAACGAUGAAUGUAACUUUUCCCUCCCCGUUACUGUUCACUACAUUGCCUUUCCUUCCUCUUUGUGUGAGUUUAUUUAAAAGACAAUUUCUUUUGUAACGACUGUUUGCAGUUUAAAUCAAUAAACCCCAAGUGUUUUCAAUAAAA